AUGGAGGCAUCGAGCGGCUCCAGUUUUGGGAUCGACACCAUCCUGGCGGGCGGUCGGGCCUCGCCGCCUCCGCCGUCGCCUCCGCCGUCCUGCUCGGACGCCGACACGGUGGCGGGCACGGCGCCCUCGUCGCCGCUUUCGGUCACCGCCGACCACCCGUCGGACUCGGAAGGCGGCAAUCUCCUAAUGCACCACCACCACCAACAUCAUCAUCAUCAUAACCCGCAUCAGCACCACCACCUCCAGCAGCAGCACCCGCAGCAUCUCCUCCCCGCCGCCGGGCCGCUGCUGGCCGGGGCCGGCUGCAGCGCCCCGCGGAGCGCCACCUCGUCCUUCCUCAUCAAGGACAUCCUGGGUGACGGCAAGCCGCUGGCCGCCUGCGCGCCUUACAGCACCAGCGUGUCCAUGUCGCCCAAGGGCGCCGAGAGCGCCUCGGCCCCGGACGGCUUCCGGCCCAAGCUGGAGCUCCAGGAUGAGCUCGGCCGGGGGGCCAAGAUGGAGCGCCGCGGGGACGACAUGCUGCUGCACGGCGACGUCAAGUGCAACGGCAGCAGCAAAGAGGAAGGCGAGCGCGAGAUCUCGAGCAGCCGCGACAGUCCGCCGGCGCGCACCAAGAAGCCCCGCAAGGCUCGCACGGCCUUCACCGACCACCAGCUCAACCAGCUGGAACGCAGCUUCGAGCGACAAAAGUACCUGAGCGUGCAGGACCGCAUGGACCUGGCCGCCGCGCUCAACCUCACCGACACGCAGGUCAAGACCUGGUACCAGAACCGAAGGACCAAAUGGAAGCGUCAAACAGCGGUAGGCUUGGAGCUCUUAGCCGAGGCCGGCAACUACUCGGCCCUUCAACGGAUGUUCCCGUCGCCCUACUUCUACCACCCGAGCCUGCUGGGCUCGGUGGACGGCAGCACGGCGGCGGCGGCCGCGGCAGCCGCUAUGUACAGCAGCAUGUACCGGACUCCCUCCGCUCCGCACCCGCACCCGGCGGCUGCGGCCGCGGGCAUCCAGAGGCCGCUGGUGCCCCGCGUGCUCAUCCACGGCCUCGGACCCGGGGGCCAGCCGGCACUGAACCCCCUGUCGGGCACGCCGCACGCGCGGUAG